AUGGAAGACAGUUCAAAUCCCAUAUCACCAGCAACACCACGACACUCAAAAACAACACAAGAAUUAGCAAUGGAAGGCCAACAACAUUUAGAAGAAACAAUCCAAGCUGCUUACCAAAUCCUCUCUUCUAUGAAUGAUGAGCUAUGCAACCCCACUUUAUGGUCCACCACCUCUACAAAUACGGUCACUUCACCUAUUACUCCUAACAAUACCCAAAACGGUGCUGUUGUUAUUGCUGUCAAUGGUGAUGCUAAUGCUGCUGUCUCUGAUUCCACUCAUGAAUUGAGUGGUGGUGGCUCUGGUGGUGGUGCCGUGGGAAAUGGGGCUCUUGAUGGAGCUCGGUUUCAGUAUAAGAAAUCGGUUACUGCUCUUCGUGAUGUUCUUGCUGCAAUUCCUAAUUCUCACAAGGCAAAACCUUUCGAUACCAGUUCUCCAGUGGAUCUGGCUGAGAUAGAGAAGUUGAAAGAGCGAGCCUCUGACCUAAGAAAGGAACUUGCAAAGAAGAACACAUAUGUCAAACUUCUCAUAGAUCAAUUACGAGAGCUUAUUACUGACAUAUCUACAUGGCAGACUCCUUGUUCUGUCUGA